AUGUCCCUCUCAGAAACCCUGGCCGUGAGCAGCAGCCCUGCCUCCGGCCGCUCCUGCGGCUCCUCGGGCAGGCUCCGCGUGCUGCCCGUCCCCACCUCCGUCUCCGGAGCUCCCGGGAAGCGCCUGAGCCUCGAGUGCCGCUUCGAGGCACCGCAGGACGCCGAGGUCACCUGGCUGCAGGUGUGUCCCCGGGACUACCGCGGGGACAGCUGGAGCUGCAGGUGGCCGGAGGAGGUGACGGUCGAGGGCGGGGGUCGCCAGAUAGUUCAGAACCGGAAUCUUUCCACGCUGAGCUUCCAGCACCUGCAGCACAACCACAGCGGGCUCUACUUCUGCCGGGUGCAGUCCCACAAGGCGUUCGGGCAGUCCUGCGGGACCUUCGUGAGGGUCAUCGAGCCCGUGCCGCUGCCGUUCCUGCAGCUGGACGACGCCACCAAGAACAGGAUCCUGACGGCGCAGGGGGUGCUGCUGCUGCUCUGCGCUGCGGGGCCAGGGCUGCUGCUGCUCUUCAGGAAGCGCUGGGCCAACGAGCGUCUCCUCCAGCCGAAGAAAAUCUCCUUCGAGGAGGAAAACCUUUACGAGGGGCUGAACCUAGACGAGUGCUCCAUGUACGAGGACAUUUCCCGGGGGGUCCAACCCACCUACCAGGACGUGGGGACCCCCCUUGCCGCCGACGGUCUCCUGGAGAAGCCUUAAAAAGAGACCCCCGAAAUGAGGGUGGGGGUCCCCGAAACCCCUGCGUGCCCCCCACCCCACAAAGGCUUUGCUUUGGUAACUCAAGGCUGCGCUCAUUGCCCCCAUCCCAAAAUCAAGCCGUGGUAAUGGGGGACUCCUCCCUCAUCUGGAGCUGAUUAGUUGCUAAUA